UGGGGUUUUGUUUGUUCUGUUGUUGUUGUUGUCCAGCGAAGGGAACCGCACAACAUUCAGUAUGGACUACACUCGCUGGACUGUUUAUAUGCUGAAUGCAUCUUAUUUCCAUAAAAAAAGACAGCUUAAAAUCAUCUCUCUGUGACCUACCAAGAUGUUCGGUAUUUGCUUCAAAUAUCCUGGGCGCAGGAGAGACCUAAUCAGGUUCCAGGAAACAAUUUUGGUUUGCAAGAGUGGAGUGGAAAAUGGAAUUUACACCGCCAUGCCGGGCAGUUCCGCGCAGGAAUGAGGGUUGGAGCUUUGCGCCCUUGUGCGUCUGUGGUGAGGAACCUGGGGUACGGUGAGUCGGCCGCGGGGGUCCUGUCCUGAGCCUCGAGUGUGGAGCAGACAAGAGAAGGGCAGCACUCUCCCAAUGUGGAGCAUCUCCCAGUGCUCUCUGGGUGCCCACCCCAGCCCGGCCUGGCCUCUCCGCCCUCCCUGUUACCAAGCCGGCGCUGAGACCCACCAACCACCAGGCUGCGCUCUGAGCCGGCCGUACCUGCAGCCUUCGGGGAGACCUGUAUUUACAAGUCCAUCAGCUUUGAAAAGGGACUAGACUACCACUGUCACAAUGGGCGGGGAGCGAGGCCACACCCCCAGCCUGCUCAGGAGAGCUGAGGGUGUGAGGCGCCCCUGCCGCUCUGGUGGACCGAGCUCUUUGGGCCAUGGCCGCUGCACAGCCCCGGCUUUCCCCGGGGGCGGCCAUGGUCCAGCGCUGGGCCCGGAGCUGCUGGUCCUCAUUCUGGGACUACGAGACGCCCAAAGUGAUCGUGGUGCGGAACCGGCCCCUGGGAUUCUUUCACCGCACGGUGCAGCUGCUCAUUCUGAUUUACUUCGUGUGGUACGUAUUCCUCGUGCAGAAAAGCUACCAGGAGAGCGAGACCGGUCCGGAGAGCUCCAUCAUCACCAAAGUCAAGGGGAUCACCAUGUCGGAAGACAAAGUGUGGGACGUGGAGGAAUACGUCAGGCCCCCGGAGGUGCGGCGCUUCCUGCCCCAGGCCCGGUAUUCCUCUGCGGUGUGACUAGUCUGAGUGAGCUGACCAGCCCACCGCGCCUUUAUUUCUGCACCCAGGGGGGCAGUGUGGUCAGCAUCAUCACCAGGAUCGAGGUCACCCCUUCCCAGACCCUGGGAACCUGCCCAGAGAGCCUAAGGGUUAACAGUUCCUCCUGCCAUUCAGAUGACGACUGCGUGGCGGGGCACCCGAACAUGAAAGGCAAUGGGAUUCGGACAGGGAACUGUGUGCCCUAUUACCAUGGGAACUUCAAGACCUGUGAGGUGUCAGCCUGGUGCCCGGUGGAGGAUGGAACGUCUGACAACCAUUUUCUGGGUAAAAUGGCCCCAAAUUUCACCAUCCUCAUCAAGAACAGCAUCCACUACCCCAAGUUCAAGUUCUCCAAGGGCAACAUCGCAAGCCUGAAGAAUGGCUACCUGAAGCAUUGCACAUUUGAUCAGGACUCUGACCCGUACUGUCCCAUCUUCAAGCUGGGCUUCAUCGUAGAACAGGCAGGGGAGAACUUCACAGAACUGGCACACAAGGGUGGUGUCAUUGGAGUUAUCAUCAACUGGAACUGUGACCUGGACCUGUCUGAAUCAAAGUGCAACCCCAAAUACUCUUUCCGGAGGCUCGACCCCAAGCAUAACCCCGCCUCUGCGGGGUACAACUUCAGGUUUGCCAAGUAUUACAAGAUAAAUAGCACCACCGUCACUCGAACUCUCAUCAAAGCCUAUGGGAUUCGAAUCGAUGUUAUCGUACAUGGACAGGCAGGGAAAUUCAGUCUCAUCCCCACCAUCAUCAAUCUGGCCACUGCUCUGACCUCCAUCGGGGUGGGCUCCUUUCUGUGUGACUGGAUUCUGUUAACAUUCAUGAACCAAGACAAGCUCUACAGCCAUAAGAAGUUCGACAAGUUACAGAUGUGGAUCUGGGAGGGCAGAGACAGCUUCAGCUGCUUUGGCAGCCCUAGGGAAGAUCUGCACUCUUCAGUAAUCAAGCUUGUCCAUGUGACUGGGAAGCAAGACACACCUGUGCAAGAGGACAAGCGCCUUGCUCUAGCCUAUGCUUACAUUCUUCUUUUCCCUAAGGCUUAUGGGGAUACGUGGAUUCCUGCCAUCUCCUUUCCCAACUGAAUUCCUCAUAGGAUCCCCCCUCUUGUACGCUCACACAGCCUUCUGGGACCCCAAAUCAGAGCUAAGUGGUCUUGUUGUAUCAUUUAAGCCCUGCUUUAGAAGCCACAGCAUGCUGAGUCCAAUAAAACAGCGAUG